AAGGAAAUAAAUGAACCAGGUCCGUGUAAGAAGCAGGCUGUGUCCGUGCAAGUGCAAAAUGAUGGACUUCAGGUGUGACCUUCCAAGGAUGGUGCAGGGGUUCGCCCAGGAGCAGGCUCAGCUGGAGCUCGUCCUGCCCCGUGAGUGAGUCAGCAGGCAAUUAGGUAAGUUGGCAAGCUUUUGGCUUCCUUGGCUAGAGCCUCCAGCCUCCAGGAGUUAACCUGCAGCACUGCUCGGAGGAGCAGGGGCCGAGCGAGGAUCCAAAAGUGUCGGGCGCCCUGGCUUGCCGGAGGAACGACAGGCGGUUUUAUGAGCAGCUGCGGCAGCAGGCCUGGGCAUCAGAAAGUGCUGAGAAGUCUUAGCUGAGCAACGUGCAAGGGGGAGGAAACAAGAAUUUAGACCACCAUUUGCUUUCCUGUAUGCAAGAAGUCUUUUGAGGGGUUGAAUAAGGAAAAAUGGCCAAACGUACCUUCUCCACAUUAGAGACGUUCCUGAUUUUCCUCCUCAUAAUGAUGACUGCUAUCACGGUGGCCCUUCUCAGCCUCUUGUUUAUCACCAGUGGGACCAUCGAAAAUCCCAAAGGUUUUCCAUCCACUGAGAGCCCUCAGGCCACACAGAGCCCCACAGCCACCCAGGGCUCCACAGCCCCUCAGCGCUCCACACUCACACAAGGUCCCACAACCACCCAGGUGGACCCAGGGACUACCACCCCAGAGCCUCCUCUAUUUCAGAACUUCAGUGGCUACCACAUAGGUGUUGGGCGAGCUGACUGCACAGGACAAGUAGCGGAUAUCAAUAUGGUCUUGAACAGACUCAAGAGUAAAUAUGGCUCCCUGUACAGAAGAGACAAUGUGAUCCUGAGCGGCACUCACACGCACUCGGGUCCAGCAGGAUAUUUCCAGUACACCGUGUUUGUCAUUGCCAGCGAAGGAUUUAGCAAUCGAACUUUUAAUUACAUGGUCACUGGCAUCAUGAAGAGCAUUGAGAUAGCACACAAAAAUAUGAAACCAGGAAAGAUCUUUAUGAAUAAAGGAAAUGUGGAUGGCACACAGAUCAACCGAAGCCCCUAUUCUUACCUUCAAAAUCCACUGGCAGAGAGAUUAAGGUAUUCUUCGGAUACAGACAAGGAAAUGCUAGUCUUGAAAAUGGUAGAUUUGAAUGGAGAAGACUUGGGCCUUAUCAGCUGGUUUGCCAUCCACCCUGUCAGCAUGAACAACAGCAAUCACCUUGUCAAUAGUGACAAUAUGGGCUAUGCAUCUUACCUAUUUGAGCAAGAGAAGAACAAAGGACAUUUACCUGGACAGGGGCCGUUUGUAGCAGCCUUUGCUUCAUCAAACCUAGGAGAUGUGUCCCCCAAUAUUCUCGGCCCAUGGUGCGCCAACACGGGAGAGUCCUGUGAUAACGCCAACAGCACUUGUCCCAUUGGCGGGGCUACCAUGUGCAUGGCUAGGGGACCUGGACAGGAUAUGCUCGACAGCACACAAAUUAUAGGACGGACCCUAUACCAGAGAGCUACGGCGCUGUAUGCCUUGGCUUCCCAGGAGUUAACUGGACCACUGACUUCGGCUCAUCAGUGGGUGAAUAUGACAGACGUCACCGUCCCACUCAAUUCCACACACACGGCAAAGACAUGUAAGCCAGCGCUGGGCUACAGUUUCGCAGCUGGCACGAUCGAUGGAGCCGGGACCUUCAACUUCACGCAGGGGACAACAGUAUCAGAUCCAUUUUGGGACACUCUUCGGGAUCAGCUCUUCGGCAGGCCCUCUGAUGAAAUGAAAGAGUGUCAGAAACCAAAGCCCGUCCUUAUUCACACUGGCGAGCUGUCCAAACCUCAUCCCUGGCACCCGGAUAUUGUUGACGUUCAGAUCAUUACUCUUGGGUCCUUGGCCAUAACUGCUAUCCCUGGGGAGCUUACGACCAUGUCUGGACGAAGACUUCGGGAGGCAAUUAAAGCAGAGUUUGCAACUUAUGGGAUGCAGAAUAUGACUGUUGUUAUUUCAGGUCUGUGCAAUGUAUAUACACAUUACAUUGCCACCUAUGAAGAAUACCAGGUUCAGCGGUAUGAGGCAGCAUCUACAAUUUAUGGACCACACACCCUGUCUGCUUACAUCCAGCUCUACAGAGGCCUUGCUAAGGCCAUUGCUACGGACACAGUGGCCAAUCUGAGCAGAGGUCCAGAGCCUCCAUUUUUCAAAGAUCUGAUAAAGCCAUUAAUUCCUAAUAUCGUGGAUAGAGCACCAAUAGGCAAGAAUUUUGGGGAUGUCCUGCAGCCCUUGAAUUCUAAAUACAGAGUGGGAGAAGUUGCUGAAGUUACAUUUGUAGGUGCUAACCCAAAGAAUUCAGCAGAAAAUCGGACCCAUCAGACUUUUCUCACUGUGGAGAAAUAUGAGGACGCUUCAGCGACAUGGCAGGUGGUACAUAAUGAUGCCUCCUGGGAGACUCGUUUCUAUUGGCACAAGGGAUUACUGGGUCAUAGCAAUGCAACGAUACAAUGGCAUAUUCCAGAUACUGCCAAGCCUGGGAUCUACAGAAUAAGAUACUUUGGACACAAUCGGAAGCAGGACUUUCUCAAGCCCGCUGUCAUACUUUCAUUUGAAAGUACUUCCUCUGAUUUUGAAGUUGUAACUACUUAAUGAAAAGUUGACACAGCAUUUAAAGUUUUGCUCUGUAUAAAUUAUGUCACUGAUUUUA